AUGCAGACUGGAAUGGCUACUAUCGUGCAUGAUUCGACAGGCGACGACGACUCAUUGCCGACUCGAGUUGCAAAACGAGACUCGGCAAACCCAACCGUCAACCUCGGACCGCUGACUUCGACAUUUACACCGCCGCUGAGCUGCACUUCCUUGACGCUUUCUUCCUCCUUUACAUUGCGAAACCACAUGGACCGCAUCGUCUUCAACUAUGGCCGUAGGUGCUUGGGAGUCGUCGAGGCUACGCCCAAAGUCGACGAGCCCUGCUACCCGCCGCGUUAUGGUGCCGCAUUCGAGAGGCUCCAGAGGCUGACGAGAAACAAUGUGUAUCCCGUGUUUUCGCCAGCUUCCAUUUGCCCGUCUGGAUAUACUUCGGCGUGCGGAUUCACGUCAUCAAACGCGACAAUAGCCAUUGCCUCGGCGGAAAACGUCGUCAACGAGUUUGAGAUGAUGAUGAAUACACUGCUUGAGGAGACACAGACGGCAAUAGCUUGUUGCCCUAGCGCUUAUGGAUGUUACGCGCUUGGCCCAUACAAGUGCAUUUACAGACCUUCUGCUGGAGAGUCUCUGACUGGAGACUGGGCCAAUAAUUGCAGGUACCAUUCAACCCCGUCUAUAUCCAGCAUUGCCGCUUCCACGAGCACGACCAUGUAUGUCGAGGCGCCUGCCGUCGUGCUCGUCCGAGAUUUACCAAACGCUGGCUCCAAGACUGGUACACCGUCUGCUGCAGAUCCCACGACUACGACAAGUCCCGGCGCCGGAAGUGGUUCCCAAAGCGGUCUAUCCACUGGUGUCAAAGCUGCAAUUGGAGUCUGCGUUCCUCUGUUUGUCAUUUCCGCAGGCUUACUCGUAUUCGCAUUUAUGCGCCGGCGAUCGCGGCGCCGCGCCACGCAAGAUUCUGUCGAGACCAACAACACGGCAGCACCGACUGCCGAUUUCCCCCCUACUUUUGAAAAGAUUGAAAUGGACGGUUCAGAGCCUCGACAAUCCACCGUUCUAAAGUCUCCGUCCGGAGUUGUGUCGCUGCUUUCCGAUCGAUCUGCAACAACGAGUCCAGGCGCGGGCACACAAAUGUCGACCGAGUUGUAUGGAUCAAUGCCGGCGCCUCGCCUGCACGAAGAUAUCAUGGAGCUGCCGGCAGAGAAUGAAUAG